UUUUGACAGCACCAACCGGGACCAGAUAGAAUUAUUUCAUGCGGGCAAAAAGGUUUCUCUGAAUGGAGUAGAAGAUGGCUGGCACCCACAGCCUGGAACAGAUACUGUAUAUGAUUACGAGCCUUAGGGAGGUCAUUAUUAAUAGACAGACGGCGUUGGGCCAUCAUUUGACAUUGAUGUUCGAGUUUUUGCCUAAGACUCAUACGGAAAGCCUCUUUCUGAGCAGGGUGCGAGGACAAAGGGAACCCAAAGUAUUGGGCGGCUUCUCCCUAGUUACGAUCGUGUCUGCAACAAAUAUCGGCAGUAUCCAGGACGGAACCUCAGUCAGGCAUGCCACACUUGUUCCAGAAAUUGUCUGUUCAUCUCAUGCAAUACAGACAUCUAUUAAGAGAUCCCAAGCUCAACUGCUUGAAUUGAAACGGAAAUUCGAAGAAUGGGAAGAUAUGGCUCUCACCUACACUUCCAUUACCACAUAUUCUGCAUCGUCACCUUCUCUAUAUCAAAUGGGUUUUCCGUUUGUUUUGCAGUUCAAGGCAUUGUUCAUUAACGAGCCAACCCUAACGGUAGAAGCUGUUACAGAUCAACUUUGUGGGACUUUUAAGGACAUUCAAAUUACUUCAAGGUCAAUAGCAACUCAUAUGAAAAACAAGUUCCGUCUCACUUAUAAGCGUAUUGUGCCACAGUACUUUGCACUAGAUAGCAAAAAAUAUGUUAUCAAAAGACAUAUCGAAGUUAGCUCCUGGAUUUCCAGAAAGUUAGAUUUCUUUAAUGAUUGUGUGUUUAUUGAUGAAACCGGAUUUAACAGGAACAUGUACACCUCAUAUGGAUGGAGUGUGGUGUGGACUCCCUGUAAGAUCAAAGUUGAAACAAAGGGACCGAAUGUGAGCAUAUUAGGGGCUAUUUCUAAAGACGGAAUUAUAACUCUUUCACGAAAGAAAAUCAUCACUACAGCUGUAGCUGGAAAAAUACAGCAAUUGGGCGAUACUCGAGUUAUAAAGAAGAAGAAUAAAAAGGCACAACUGGUGGUGCAGCGAGGAUAUCUAGUCCUUUUGGCACCAUACUCUCCAUUCUUAGACCCCAUUGAGGAGUUUUGGCCCAAGUUAAAGAAUGUCGUCAACUACGAUCCAUCUUUAGUCAGACAAAACACCAAGAUCAGCGAACGUAUCUUUAACGCAUCCAUACAUGUCAGCAAAGAAGACUGUCAAAGUUGGAUAAACCAUUCUUUAUCGUUCUAG